AUGUCAGGUUUAAGAACUGUUUCUGCUUCUUCCGGCAAUGGAAAGAGCUACGACUCUAUCAUGAAAAUUUUAUUGAUUGGUGAUUCUGGUGUUGGGAAAUCGUGUUUAUUGGUUCGUUUUGUUGAAGACAAAUUCAACCCGUCAUUUAUUACUACCAUUGGUAUUGAUUUCAAGAUAAAGACCGUCGAUAUUAACGGUAAGAAGGUAAAGCUGCAACUUUGGGAUACCGCUGGUCAAGAACGUUUCCGGACCAUCACUACAGCAUAUUAUCGUGGUGCUAUGGGUAUCAUUCUUGUUUAUGACGUAACAGACGAGAGAACAUUUACUAAUAUCAAGCAAUGGUUUAAAACAGUUAAUGAGCAUGCGAAUGACGAAGCACAGCUACUGUUGGUCGGUAACAAGAGCGAUAUGGACACUAGAGUGGUAACAGCUGAUCAAGGUGAAGCUUUGGCUAAGGAGCUGGGUAUACCAUUCAUCGAGUCCAGUGCUAAGAACGAUGACAACGUCAACGAAAUUUUCUUCACCUUGGCUAAGUUGAUCCAAGAAAAAAUUGACAGUAAUAAACUUGUUGGCGUUGGCAAUGGUAAAGAGGGCAAUAUUAGCAUCAAUAGUGGGAGUGGAAACAGUUCUAAAUCAAAUUGCUGUUGA